AUGAAAUCGCUUAAAGAGAGAAUGUAAAAAAUAGACAAAAUAUGUUAAAAGCUCAACAUUCCUGAUUAAAAUAAGGGUCUUUUCAAACGAAAGAAGAACAAUUCAUGCAUAAUGAAGGAACAAGACAAGAACAUUAACAAUGUUAGCAUGAUUAGUUCAAAUGCGGGGUGUAUCAUUAGUAGAACCUAAUUGAAAAAGCAAUAGUCAAUUUAGAUGUUGUAAUGUGAUACAGUUAGAAGUUAAACAUUAUCCUUGAAAUAAUUAAAGAUGAUUCACGAACAAGACUAGAUUCAGUGCAUGUAAUCGUAAAAGGAGGAGUUACAAAAUUAGAUUAACUAAUUAGUGUAAAUGAAAAAAUAAAUAUAAGAACAAGAGGAGAAAAAGAAAAAACAAUUUAUCACUUAAGACGCUUCACUAUUGCCACAAAUGCUCAAGUUGUAAUAGGAGAAAGUGUCAAUUGAAAAUGAGAUCAAUUAGAUUGAUUCUAAAAUUGAACAAGUCAGAUAUUGCAACAUUAAUAAAUUACAAGUACUUCAAAAAAGAAACUGGAAGGAGGAGAAAAAGUCAUUCGAAUAAAAAUGGUUGGACCUUGAAUAAAACGAAUCUAAAAUUCAAAUAGAUGACAAGUUAUACAAUCUUUUCAUCCAUGAUUCUCCACCUUAAGAACAAGUUGAUUAAAAGACUAUUGAUACCUUAACAAAGGAAGUGGAAGAUCUAUUAUGUCUUAAAUUACCAGAUGAGUAGGAAGAUUAAUAAGUAGAGCAAAGUCAAAGAAGCAAAUUAAAUUAGAAUUAUUAAUCUCCAUUAUACAUUAUUGAAGAAGAGCAAUCUGUGGAAUUGUCUUUUUAAAAAUUAUGA